UGGGCCCCGCCCACAGGCCGCCGCCGCCGCAGUUUAUUGGCCCGCACCUCACACGCCUCGGCGCGGCCCCGCCCCGCUGCCCAGCCGCCCUUCUGCUAGGGUACUGCUUAGCCAUUGGACAGCAGGAACGAGGGCGGAGCCAGAUUCAAGGACACAAUUGGUUAGAAUUCGCCCAUGGUGGCGCUGUGAUUGAACGACGGGCGCCCUGGCCCCGCCUUCAAACCCAAGUUCCGUUAACAGCUUUACUCUCUUCUAAUUGGUUGAUGGGCACCUGACUUUCGCCGCCCCUCCAGACGCUUAGAACGUCACGAGACGCAGGGUGAUGACGUAUUCCCCGACAUUCCACAUCCAAGAUGGCUGCUGUCAGGAAGGAGAGACGUUGCUAAGGGGUUUGCCUGAGGCGAGGGGUUGAUGUCAGCCUGAAGAGAGAUCCUCAAAGGAUUGUAACAUUCCAGAGGCCCUUUUGGGAAGAACAAGGCUACUUCAAUAAAUGAAGGAGAACAAAGAAAAUUCAAGCCCUUCAGUCACAUCAGCAAACCUGGACCACACUAAACCAUGCUGGUACUGGGAUAAGAAGGACUUGGCUCAUACACCCUCACAACUUGAAGGACUUGAUCCAGCCACUGAGGCCCGGUACCGCCGAGAGGGGGCUCGCUUCAUCUUUGAUGUGGGCACACGUUUGGGGUUACACUAUGACACCCUGGCAACUGGAAUCAUUUACUUUCAUCGAUUCUAUAUGUUUCAUUCCUUCAAGCAAUUCCCACGAUACGUAACAGGAGCUUGUUGUCUCUUUCUGGCUGGGAAAGUAGAGGAAACACCAAAAAAGUGUAAAGAUAUCAUCAAAACAGCUCGUAGUUUAUUAAAUGAUGUGCAGUUUGGCCAGUUUGGAGAUGACCCAAAGGAAGAAGUCAUGGUGCUGGAGAGGAUCUUACUGCAGACCAUAAAGUUUGAUUUACAAGUGGAACAUCCAUACCAGUUCCUACUCAAAUACGCAAAGCAGCUCAAAGGUGAUAAAAACAAAAUUCAAAAGUUGGUUCAAAUGGCAUGGACAUUUGUAAAUGACAGUCUCUGCACCACCCUGUCACUGCAGUGGGAGCCAGAGAUCAUAGCUGUAGCAGUAAUGUAUCUUGCGGGACGCUUGUGCAAAUUUGAAAUACAAGAAUGGACCUCCAAGCCCAUGUACAGGAGAUGGUGGGAACAGUUUGUUCAAGAUGUCCCUGUUGAUGUUCUGGAAGACAUCUGCCACCAAAUCCUGGAUCUUUACUCACAAGGGAAACAACAGAUGCCUCAUCACACCCCUCAUCAGCUGCAGCAGCCCCCAUCUCUUCAACCUACACCACAAGUGCCACAAGUACCACAGUCACAGCCAUCUCAAGGCUCUGAAGCAGCACAGCCGCCGCAGAAGGACUCACAGCAGUCCACCCAGCAGCAGCAGCAACAGCAGCAGCAGCAGCAGCAAGCACAGCAGCCCAAGAAGCCGUCCCCACAGCCUAGUCCUCCCCGACAGGCGAAGCGCACUGUGGUGGUUUCUCCCAAGGAAGAGACUAAAGCCGCAGAACCACCACCACCACCUAAAAUUCCCAAACUUGAGAUCACUCACCCACCAUUGCCUCCAGCACACCCACCUCCAGACCGGAAGCCUCCUCUCGCUCCUGCCUUAGGUGAGGCUGAAGCAACUGGUCCAGUGGAAGCAAGUGACCUCCCCAAAGUCCAGAUUCCUCCUCCAGCCCACCCAGCUCCUGUACACCAGCCCCCACCAUUGCCACAUCGGCCUCCACCCCCACCGCCCUCCAGCUAUAUGACUGGGAUGUCUACCACCAGCUCCUACAUGUCAGGAGAAGGCUACCAGAGCCUGCAAUCCAUGAUGAAGACCGAGGGCCCCUCCUAUGGUGCCCUCCCCCCAGCCUAUGGCCCACCUGCUCACCUUCCCUACCACCCCCAUGUCUACCCCCCCAAUCCACCCCCACCUCCUGUUCCCCCACCUCCAGCUUCCUUCCCCCCACCCACCAUUCCUCCCCCUACCCCAGGCUACCCUCCACCUCCCCCUACCUACAACCCCAAUUUCCCACCCCCACCUCCACGCCUGCCCCCCGCUCAUGCAGUCCCUCCUCACCCUCCUCCAGGUUUGGGUUUGCCACCAGCCAGCUACCCACCUCCAGCUGUUCCCCCUGGGGGGCAGCCCCCAGUUCCCCCACCCAUCCCUCCACCUGGCAUGCCGCCUGUCGGGGGGCUAGGGCGGGCAGCUUGGAUGAGAUAACAUGAUGCCUUUUCCCUUGGGUUUUUUUGCUGUUGUUGUUGUUUUUUUUUUU